AGAGAGAAAGAGAGAGAGAGAGAGAGAGAGAGAGAGGAAGAAGGAAAAUUCGCUCGGCUCACGCCAUUGCCGUGUAACAGGAGGAGAUACAGCGCUUGUGAACUUCUUCUCCUCGGUUCUCCUCGGUGUUUCCUCCAGGCCGCGCUCACCCGCCGAGCCUCUGCCGCCCCAGAGGAGACCCGAGCGCGCUGCUACACCGCCCUGAGGAGCCCAGCGCCGCCGCCGGGGAGGAGACCUAACCCUGCCUGACACUCACUGCUUAAACACACACAGCGCUCUGUUACAGAAGACUGUGCGGAACUCGAGGUGUCUCCUCUGAGCUGCUGAAGCAGAGCCGAGAGAGAGAGAGAAGGCCACCAGGCGAGGAGACACCAUGCUGGGCACCGGGGGCACCUACGCGGGCAAGAAGAGGAAGAAGCCCGUCCAGAAAAUACCAAAGCCACCUCCGCCGGAGGGAUCCAAGUCGAACCCCUCCAAGAGGCACAGGGAUCGGCUGAACAUGGAGCUGGACAAACUAACCAGCUUGCUGCCAUUUCCAGAGGAUGUGCGAUCGCGGCUGGAUAAGCUGUCUGUGCUGAGGCUCAGCGUGGGCUACCUGAAGGUCAAGAGCUACUUCAACGCCACUAUGAAGAAGAAUGUGGGCGGAGCUUGGCCAGUGGACAGGUCUGCAGGAAGUUUUGGAGGAAAUGGACUGACUGUGAGCAGCCUGGACGGGGUCAGCUUUUCAGAGGGAGAUUUACUGCUGCAGGCUCUAAACGGCUUUGUAAUGUGCGUAACAGCAGAAGGUUAUGUGUUCUACUCUUCACCCACCAUACAGGACUACCUGGGCUUUCAUCAGUCGGACGUGGUGCAUCAGAGUGUGUUUGAGCUGAUCCACACAGACGACCGGGCCAUGUUCCGCCGGCAGCUGCACUUCGCCCUGAACCCCUCGCAGGGUGACCCUGAGUCUGAGGCCCUGCAGAAGAGCAGCGAAAUCACCACCAACCUCAUUAACUACAACCCCCAGCAGCUCCCGCCGGAGAACACCUCCUUCCUGGAGAGGAGCUUCUGCUGCCGCUUCCGCUGCCUCCUCGACAACUCCUCCGGCUUUCUGGCUCUGAACUUUCAGGGUCGUCUGAAGUAUCUUCACGGUCAGAAUAAAGUCAUGGAGGACGGCACCAUCGCUCAUCCCCAGCUGGCCUUGUUCAUCAUCGCCACUCCCCUCCAGACUCCGUCCAUCCUGGAGAUCCGCAGCAAGACACUGCUCUUCCAGACCAAACACAAGUUGGACUUCACACCAAUGGGCAUCGACACCAGGGGUAAAGUGGUGCUGGGUUACACUGAGAUAGAGCUGUGUAUGAGGGGUACUGGUUACCAGUUCAUCCAUGCUGCUGACAUGAUGCACUGCGCUGACAACCACCUGCGGAUGAUUAAAACUGGUGAAAGCGGACUGACUGUCUUCCGGCUGCUGUCUAAGGCUGGGACCUGGAUUUGGGUGCAGUCUAACGCCAGGCUUGUCUUUAAGGGCGGACGACCAGACUUCAUUGUAGCACGGCAGAGAGCUCUGACUAAUGAGGAAGGUGAGGAGCAUCUUCGUCAGAGGACGCUACAGAUACCCUUCAGCGUUACCACCGGGGAAGGUGUCCUCUAUGAAGUAGAUCCGUCUUUGGACAUGGAAGAUCAAGACCCAAGCGCGAAGGCGUGGAAGCCUCAGCCGAACACCCUGAUGAGCUCCAUGGUGAAGCAGGACCAGUCCCAGUCUUACCAACCCAGCGACCCCAACUCUCAGUUAUACCUGGAGAGAGCCUUCCGGGACAGCCACGCCUUGCUCACCGUACCUGGAAACACUUGUCAAGCCGCGGACGGCAGCCCUGAUAUCAAAGAAGAGUCCGUGGUUCGGGAUAUGAUGGACAGCCUGCAGCAGAUCAUCGGCGUCAGCAACUUGUGCGGCAAUGUGGACGAACUGGAGCUGAACCAGCAGGAGCUGAAGGACUGGGAAACCGUCCUCUUGAAGAUGAACAACAUUAACACUGAGGUUGAGGCACCUUCCGAGCUUACUGACAUCAUGGCUAAUGAGAUCUUCACGUACGUGGAGGAUAUGUUGUUUAACGAGAGUGGCACCGUCACUUCUGAGAGGCUGCCUGACUGCCUGUCCGAGUUGCGGCUGCAGCAAGAGUUUGUGGGUCCAGGUGACCAGGGGCUCGAUGGCUUUUUGGACAUUCGAGGCAGUGCAGAGACAGGCAGUCCAAGCAGGGGGAUGAUGAAGCUCACACACAUUGAUUCAGAAAUGCCUGUAGUGCCACAGCAGGAUGUAUUUGUGGACUCCUUGGGACUUUCUGAGGUGUCUGGACAGAAGAUGCCCAGCUGCAGCAAAUCGAUGAGGUUCAACUCUUCACUCACUGGGCAGCAGAACCAAGCCAGGCUCGCACCACAAAAUGACCGAGCAGAGAGGUCACAGUCGUCAAUACAGCCAGGAAACCUGGUGUAUCCAGACAGUGUGACCCUGCCCAACCUGGGCCAGAACCAGGCUCAGCCAAUAGGCUUCCAUAACCAGCUGAACCAGCCGAUCAGGCAGAGCAAUCAUUGGUUCCCUAAUAACGAGACUAACAAACAAAGUAUUUCUCUUUCCCAGGACAUCCCAUUAAACCCCGCUCCCGGGGCGUGCCUACAAGGACAGUUUUCCAUCAAUACCCACAAGAUCACAAAUCAGACCAAUCAGAGACUCCCUACAUGGCAGCCACAUCAGCAUUCUGUUCAACCUGAGCUUGCAAUGCUGCCAAAUAUCACAAACAUUCCCAACAUCAUCAGCGUUCCCAAUGUCCCAAAUCUCCCCAAAGUCCCGAACGGUCAUCAGCAGGCCUUCGGCGGACAGCAGGAAGACGUCCAGCAAGAUCCUCUCGCUCAGCUAAUGAUGCAGUCCGGCUUUGACCCCAACUCCCUUCCCCAGCCCUUAGCUAAUAAUGCAAUCUAUGGCCAGGCGGAGGUGGAGCUCCUGCAGUCUCCUCCUAACGCAUUGUACAGCCAGCAGGGGGAGCUGAUGCCAAUGGCUGCUAAUACUGUCUACAACCAGCAGGGGCAGCUGAUGCAAAAAGCUGCUAAUAUUGUCUACAGCCAGCAGAGGGAGCUGCUGGGUAAUUCUAACCCUGCACUGACCAGCAGCUGCAUGUUCCAGAGGGCACCCCAGGCCCCCACAAACAGCCUAGGCUACGCUCCGGUGGUGCAGGAAGCCAUGAUAUCAUCCUGCCAGAAGACCAAAGGCUUCCUGAACCAGACUUCACCACAGGGUUCAUGCUUCUACCAGAACAGCAUGCCCGUGCCGGUGAAGGCCAACACUGUGAACUGCCACCUGCCGCUGGGGCCCGAGAGCAUGCAGCCACAGCGGCAGCAGUUCCUAGCCUGCAACGGACAGACGCAGAUCCCAAACCAACCAGUCAAGGAGAACGGGACGUUUCAGCUAGGAACCUCAUGUUUGUUCAACAACAACCAAACCAACAACUUCUAGGAGAGGAAAGGAAAGAAGCCCGUCCAUUGCAGCCACUGAUGUGCCUACAGACUUUCAAAAUGAGCACUUUUCUCUAAACAGAGAAAAAGGAGACACUCUUUCUGUUAUGUCAUUUUUUAUUAAGAUUCUUUUUUUUUUUUGUUCUAUUGCAGCUGAAAAACGCACACGAGAUUGGAACGGUAGCACUUCAUCAACCAGACUACCAGUGAAACCUUGCCUGUCUGCUUUAGCAUGCUCACACUUGUCCUCCUGUUCAGAUACCCAUUCACUUAGACAGUCAGUGGUUAGUUGGCUCUCAGAUCAGAGAAACAGAAGUAUCCAUGAGAACAUAUUUAUUUUCAGGAGUUUUUUUCCUGCUUUUCUUUUUCUGGUUUUAUUUUUUGCUUAAUUUUUAUACUCGUUCUCUUUUGAGAGCGAAAGAGAGAGAGAGGAAAGGCAAGAUGGAGGCGUGGACAGGUGAAGAGGUGUGUGGUCAGGGUCUGUGUGUGUGUGUGUGUGUGAGAGAGUGUGUAUGUGCGAGUGUGUACAUGUAUGUGUGUGUGUGUGUGUGUGUAUGUGUAUGUCUGUCUGUUUGUGUGUGUGUGUGUGUGUGUGUGUGUGUGUGUGUGCGUUUGAGGAGAGAGGGGCCGCCCAGACCUCAGUUAUGAAGUAUGCAGUAGAAAAGGUAGGACUUUUCAUUGCAGGGAUAAGAUUCUGGGGAAAGCCAUUUAAAAACGCACACUCGAUUUUGAUUUAAUUUUUUUUGUUUGAAUUUUUGUUUUUCUAUUUAUUUAGAUAGACGCUUACACUCAAAAAGGGAAAAGACUGUCACUGUAGUUGAGAAGCCCUGAUGUGCUCCCUUUCAGUUUGCUCUUUAUGCACUUAAGAAGGUGAAAUAUACACCAAAAAAUUGUACAUGUAAAAAAUUAUAUGUAAGUAUCCAAUCAUCCAUUAAUGGCAGUAUAUCUUCGAAUUAAUUUUAAUGCACAGUUAUGCUUGGCAUAGUGUCAGUUAUCUUAGUGUGUAUAUAAAUACAGCAGUGCACAGACUACCACACCCACCCCAUCUGAAUGUGGAGGAGCUGUGGGGGAGUUGGGGCGGGGGGCAGCUGGACACUUUUGGCUACUGUUGCUUGGCCGACAGCAUGGUUUGAAGCGAUUCAGCAAUGUUCCAGGCGAGUGGAGGAACACUCAGCAUCCGAACCCAACAUCCAAUCACAAGAGCUAAGGUGGACAUGCAAAAGCCUGAUGGCCAAUCACAGUAACCCAACCAGAUAUUGCAAAAACUCAACAGCUAAUCCCAUACUUAUACCCAACUGGACGCGCCAAAAACCCAAACCCAAAAUGAACACCCCACAAAACCAACUGCCAAUCAGAAGAACCCAAUUAGACACGCAGAAACCCAACACCCAGUCACCCAUGUCUAACUGGAUGCACAAAAAAAAAAACAGCCAAUCACACAAGCCCAACUGGAUGUGCAAAACCCAACCACCACUACACAAAACCAACUGGACACAUUAAAAAACCCAACUGGACCCCCAACAAAAACCAUCAGCCAAUCACACAGGGCUAAUUGAACAUCCAGAAACCCAACAGCCCAACCAAUCAAGAAAAACACUAUACACAGCCGUCGCCACCCAGGAGAGCCACGGUCACAUGUUCCUAACCUGAACUCUUAAAGGACCUUCUGUAAAUGCGAGUGAAAUGUUGAACAUGUGACCCCAGGACACGAACAUGUGACCCCAUGGACACAGACACAUGACCCCAUGGAUAUGGACAUGUGACCCCAGGACUGAUUGUUGUUUUCUGUCUGCCCGCCCCCCACCUCGCCCUCUCCUUCCCCCCCGCCCCUACCUGCUCCCCCCCCUCCCUCCCCCCGGCAUCUGAAAGAGUAAGGUAUUAUCUCCAUAUGAUAAUCAGAAUAGUAUGAUAAAGGAUAUCGUAUAUUCAUUCUGCUUUUGUUUAUGUUCAAAAUAUGUGUUUAUAUUUUUGUAAGCAUUCAGAUUUUGAGAUUGUUGUAAUUGAGCCAUUUUCUUGUUUUUGUCUUGCUUGUGUGCUGAUGACCGCUCCUCUGCCUGUUUCGUCCAGCACUUCUGUCAGUAAGGGAACGCUAGCCGAACUUUCAUUUUUCCCACAGUAAACCUAAAAAAAAAAUAAUGACGAUUUGAUGAAGAGUGGGAAGCGUAACAAAAAGUGAGAGUCAUGGCUUUGUUUGUACAUUGUUGCUGUGCUCGUUUUUCGUCAAAGCGUAUUUCAGAUUCCCUCCUGAUUCAGAACAGCAGAAAGUUUACCUUCGUAAACUUUCAUAAACUUUCGUAAAUCUGAUCGUAAGAGCCUUUUCCGAUGUGCCUUAUUCUCUCCUGACACUUUAGCCUUUUUUAUAUGAUUUUUUAUUUAUAUAUAUAUAUAUAUAUAUAUAUAUAUAUAUAUAUAUAUAUAUAUAUAUAUAUACUCUUAGUAUGAUCGUAUAGCAUUAUAAACGUGUAAAUGUACCAAAUUCAAAACGUCUAUAAAUGUCUUUUUCAUUCUUACCUCAAUAUUAAUCUUAACGCAAUAUAAGACUGAUUGCGGAAUCUGGAGCACUUUCCUGGCUUUCUGAAAGUUUGUCAGUGCGAAAUCUAGUCCAAAGACUAUAAACACCUGGUUUCAGCAGUUCAUAAUAGAUAACGUACUGUUUUCAAGAACACGCCUCUUUAGCACAUCACAGAACAUCGCAGGACAGCGCAGGACAUCAGUGGGUGUCGCCAAGUUUCUAAAAGCCCAGGUGUUGUACCCUCACAGCUAUAGAGUAAGACAGCCUCAGCCUCCCUGUAGUAGAAGUGCUGUUUCUUUAGUGACUCAUUGACUCAAGUGAGAUUUAAGUUAAAGUGCCUUUCCUAAGCUUGAGUAGAAGAACAGCUGCUGAUCUAGCAACGUCUCGAGAACCGCAAUCCAACCAAAGUCUAGCACCAUAAUAACUGAAGAGUGUAAGACUCUAUCUAUAUUAGGCUCAAUCCCAUUUCACUCCAAUCCAUUGCCCUUCAAACCGAGAUUUUUCAGAAGCACACUCAAAACUGAGGGCUAUGAGAAUCACUAGAAAGAUGGCACAAGCAAAUAAAAAAGACCAACAAAUUGGAGCAUUUUUCUUUACCAUAGUUUAAUGUGUAGUUUCAAUGAUUUAUGGCCAUUUUCUUCAUAACAAGCAUACAAAAUCGCUAGCAGUUUGUAACUAGCUAGUGGUAAUAAGCUAGCUAACUUUCCUGUUCACCUUAAAUGGUGCAACAGAAAGCAGAGCCUGCUGCCUUUAAGGUGAAAGGCUAAAAUAAAAUAAAAUUUAAUAAAAGCUCAUUUCAGCUUCCCAUCACAGAGUAAUUAAGAAAUGCACAGUAAUAAUUAAUUGCUGCACCACAUGCCCCCUUUCUGACGACAUAUGAUACACUAAAGUUAACCAGUUAAUCAGCAGUUAGGUUGCUGAACUUUAGCGCUUCACUGCUAUAACGCUAUAUCUGUAUUAGGUGUUUGAAGGGUUCUCCCAGUUCUUAGAGUACAAAAGAGAAAUAGGAUCGGGCUUUAGUCUUCUCUGUUUCGGCUUCUUUCAGUGGAAAAAAGGAAACGCUAAACCUCAGAACUCAACUCUGCACUGAUGAUGUCACCAGCAUAAAAACCAAAUUUAUGUAAAUGCUAAAUGCUAAUGGCUUAAAUGGAACUGAGGAAACUCUGCACUUGUUUCCUUGCUGAUAUACUUGAGGAUAAUACUCAGGAACCAAGUAAACAGAGUUAGCCAUCGCUGCAUGUGAUGCUACAGUACAAUAAUAGCGUGAGGAGCGCUUGUAGGUUAGCAUAGGUAGUUGAUUGAUAAAAACGUAUGAUUUUUUUGGACGGUUCUUUAUAAAAACAAAACCUUUUUAAACAGUGGCUCUGUUGCUUAGAGUUGCUUCAGUGGCUGUCUCUUGGCUGUUUUAACAUUUUUUUCUAGGGUCAGAAGAUUGUGAGUUCAGGUCUCGGCGUUAGUUUCGCUUUACAAUGUAGUUUGUUGAUGUAUUGGUAAUACUGAUGCUGAUCAGCGCUGCCCUUAAAUUUAUACUAAGUUUUAAAAUCCCUAAAACGGCUGUACAAUCAGAUCUCUCUCUAACUAUCUAUCUAUCUGCCUAUCUAUAUACAGCUCUGGAAAGAAUAAGAGACCACUUACAAAUUAGGAGUUUCUUUGAGUUUACCAAAUUAAAAACCCUCGUGAAUAUAAUCAAGAGGAAGAUGGAUGAUCACAAGCCAUCAAACCAAACUGAACUGCUUGAAUUUUUGCACCAGGAGCGAAAUAUAGUUAUCUAAAAGCAGUGUGUAAGACUGGUGGAGGAAAACAUGCCAAGAUGCAUGAAAACUGUGAUUAAAAACCAGGGUUAUUCCACCAAAUAUUGAUUCCUGAACUCUUAAAACUUUAUGAAUAUAAAUUUGUUUUCUUUGCGUUAUUUGAGGUCUGAAAGCUCUGCAUAUUUUUGGUUAUUUCAGCCAUUUCUCAUUUUCUGCAAAUAAAUGCUCUAAAUUACAAUAUUUAGUUUUGGAAUUUAGGAGAAAUGUUGUCUGUAGUUUAUAGAAUAAAACAACAAUGAUUAUUUUAGUCAAACAUAUACCUAUAAAUAGCAAAAUCUGAGAAACUGUUUCAGAAACUGAAGUGCUCUCUUAAUUUUUUCCAGAGCGCUCUCUCUCUCUCUCUCUCUUUCUCUCUCUCUUCAGGUUCAUCAGUAAAGUGGGGUGGUAACAUGGCAGCUAUAGUAAGGUGGGAUAGAUAGCGGAGUGUUCAGAGCCGCGUAGUUUAAAGGUUUGAGGAAGAGUGAAGUACGACGCCAGUUUGUCUAAGUGCCUAAAAAAAUUGCGUAACAAGAUAUAAAAAAAUAUUCCGCAAUCUUUUCUUCGUCGGUCCGAAUUAAAAGGGGAGGCGGCUGAAAUAGGUCGGAAUACAGACUGUGCACAGUCCGCAGGUCACAUGUUAAUGCAUAAAAAAACAAACUUUUUAUAUUGUAACGAUAAUGAAAAGUUUUUUGGUUUAAAUAUUUGAUUAUCGAGAGCAGAUCGAUAAUGACUGAUGGUGAGAAAUGACUGACCAGCGAAGGUGAUGGUUUAGGUUUGAGGGUCCAGGGUUCGCGUCGAGCUGCAUUGGGCAAUUCAUUAAUUAAAUUAAUUAGUUAAUUAAUUAAUUAAUAAUAAUCCCCUUGCUUUGCUUAUCAGAUUAAUCUAAGUGUCUGUUGUACAAAAUGUAGCCGCGUGUCGAUCCGAAGCUGCUGAUUCAGUUUCAGAAUGUUAGAAUGUUCAGAAUAAUUAUUAAUAAUGAUCAUAUAUCUGAGCUCACGAGAAAUCUUGGGCCGAUUUUUAACAAAUGUACAUUUAAAAAAAUGUAGGAUGCUCCAAUACGCGAAAUGAGGGCGGAUUUUUUUUUUUUUUUUUUUUUUU